UUCCAAUUCAUUCUUUUUUUUUUUUUUUGAUUAUUUUCCUCCUUAAAUUAACUACAUUAUCCUUCUAAUAUACAAGCAUGCUUCAACUGAAACAAAUAUCAAAGGUGCUUUCGCAAGGAUUACAACCGAUUGGUCCAAAUGAUUCCAGAGCACCACUCGCUCUUUCCUUGUUAUCCAAUUCCGGGGUGCCAUUAACCACCGUAACAACUUCUAAUGAAGAAGUAUCACUUUCUGCAAACAACUUAAAGAUAUGCUCUCUUCUAGCUGUGAAUAACUUUGAGCAACAAUAUGAUCUUGGAGAAGAAGAUCCAAUACCAAGCAAUGAUGAGAAUGAUGUGAAAUGGACAGUGUUAGAAUUUGAAGAAUCUGGCUUUAAGGCUAUCAUAGAAAAGUUAAAUUACACCAAGAAUAAAGAUAUUGAUAGCUUAUUAUAUGUGGUAAUUUUUUAUCGCAAGGGUGACUUCCCAGAUGCGAUAGCAAAGUUAAAGGUUGACAAUGUAUGUAGAGUACUUGAAGAUGGGUUAAGGGGUUAUCAUAGGUAAAUAUAUAACGAUAUAUAAUAAACAUAAAUAUAAGCUAAGGGAUUAUUUGGAAGAA